CGGAAGUAGGGAAAACCUCUGAGCACGUGAUGGGGGAACACGCGGGUGCUGUCACGUGAUCCGACAAACGGCCUCUGCAUAGUGCAGAACAUUCUGCUGCUUUUAAAGUCGCAGACCCUUAUCCCUCCCGUGGGAGCCCCCUUUGGACACUCUAUGACCCUGGACCCUCGGGGGACCUGAACUUGAUGCGAUGGGAGGCUGUGCAGGCUCGCGGCGGCGCUUUUCGGAUUCCGAGGGUGAGUAUUCCCGCCCACCCUCAUGGAACGACCACCUCUGGCUCGCAGCCCACCUGAGGGGAAUGAGAGCUGACUCGGCCCCAGGAGGACACGCAUGGAGCGGUCGUGCACCUGAGAGUAGGUGGGGGUCAUGCCCUCUUCUCGCUCUCCCAGGGGAGGAGACCGUCCCGGAGCCCCGGCUCCCUCUGUUGGACCAUCAUCAGGGCGCGCAUUGGAAGAACGCGGUGGGCUUCUGGCUGCUGGGCCUUUGCAACAACUUCUCUUAUGUGGUGAUGCUGAGUGCCGCCCACGACAUCCUUAGCCACAAGAGGACAUCGGGAAACCAGAGCCAUGUGGACCCAGGCCCAACGCCGAUGCCCCACAACAGCUCAUCACGAUUUGACUGCAACUCUGUCUCUACGGCUGCUGUGCUCCUGGCGGACAUCCUCCCCACACUCGUCAUCAAAUUGUUGGCUCCUCUUGGCCUUCACCUGCUGCCCUACAGCCCCCGGGUUCUCGUCAGUGGGAUUUGUGCUGCUGGAAGCUUCGUCCUGGUUGCCUUUUCUCAUUCUGUGGGGACCAGCCUGUGUGGUGUGGUCUUCGCUAGCAUCUCAUCAGGCCUUGGGGAGGUCACCUUCCUCUCCCUCACUGCCUUCUACCCCAGGGCCGUGAUCUCCUGGUGGUCCUCAGGGACUGGGGGAGCUGGGCUGCUGGGGGCCCUGUCCUACCUGGGCCUCACCCAGGCUGGCCUCUCCCCUCAGCAGACCCUGCUGUCCAUGCUGGGUAUCCCUGCCCUGCUGCUGGCCAGCUAUUUCUUGUUGCUCACAUCUCCUGAGGCCCAGGACCCUGGAGGGGAAGAAGAGGCAGAGAGCGCAGCCCGGCAGCCCCUCAUAAGAACCAAGGCCCCGGAGUCGAAGCCAGGCUCCAGCUCCAGCCUCUCCCUUCGGGAAAGGUGGACAGUGUUCAAGGGUCUGCUGUGGUACAUUGUUCCCUUGGUCGUAGUUUACUUUGCCGAGUAUUUCAUUAACCAGGGACUUUUUGAACUCCUCUUUUUCCGGAACACUUCCCUGAGUCACGCUCAGCAAUACCGCUGGUACCAGAUGCUGUACCAGGCUGGCGUCUUUGCCUCCCGCUCUUCUCUCCGCUGCUGUCGCAUCCGUUUCACCUGGGCCCUGGCCCUGCUGCAGAUGGAGUUUCGCUUUUGUUGUCCAGGCUGGAGUCCAAUGGCUCGAUCUCGGCUCACCACAACCUCCGCCUCCCGGGUUCAAGUGAUUCUCCUGCCUCAGCCUCCCGAGUAGCUUGGCUUACAGGCAUGCACCACCACGCCUGGCUAAUUUUGUAUUUUUAGUAGAGAUGGGGUUUCUCCAUAUUGGUCAGGCUGGUCU